CAUACAUAUACGUCAAUGAAGUCUAACUAAGUAUAGGUUAUAAACUAAUCAAAAAAAUAUAUUUAUUAUAAUUUAAAAUCAAAAUUAUGUGGUGUAAAAAAAGUUUUAUUUAUAAGUUUAAAAAUUUCUUUAAUCUUACUAUCCAAAAGAAAUAUAGCGUAAUUGCAUCUGUUUUAGAGAAUGCAAAUAUCGGAGAAAAUGCAGAAGUUAGGGGAUGGGUUAAAAAUCUACGUGUUCAAAAAGAGCUUAUAUUCGCCGAUGUGAAUGACGGUUCAUGUGCUCAAAAAUUGCAAAUUAUCAUUCCUAAAGAACUGAAAACAGACGCACUCACUUACGGCAGCUCUGUACACAUUAGAGGCAAACUGUCUAAAAGUCCUAGAGGUCAAUUAGAACUCGUAGCAGAGAAUGUAAAGGUCCUCGGACCUUGUGUUGUUUUGGAUGGUUACCCAUUCAAUCCUAGAACUACACACCCGCCGGAGUAUAUCCGCCAGUAUAUACAUUUACGUUCUAGAACAAACUUUUUAUCCUCUAUAUUGAGAGUUCGUAGUUCAGUAACAAAACACAUCCAUGACUUUUAUUCUUCAAAAAAAUAUUUGAAUGUGCAUACACCAAUAUUAACUUCAAAUGACUGUGAAGGAGCUGGUGAAGUGUUUAAAGUGCAGCCAGACUGUGAGGACACUAUAAAAGCAAUGAUGCAGGAUGGGAAGGAUAAAGAUACAGUUUAUUUCGGCUCAAAAACAUAUUUGACAGUAUCUGGACAGUUGCAUUUAGAAGCUAUCUGUAGGGGAAUGGGCAAUGUUUACACUCUAGGACCCACAUUCAGAGCUGAGAAUGCAAGAUCGAGACUACAUUUAUCAGAGUUUUACAUGCUAGAAGCUGAGUUGGCUUUUUGUUACAGCUUAGAGCAAUUACAAAAUCACAUAGAAGAAUUAUUAAAGUAUAUCUUCAUUGAAACAAGACAUACAAAUGAAGCUGAUUUAUCUUUGAUUGACAAGGAGAACAGUAAACCACCAGCAUGGUUGCAAAAAAAGUUUGCCACUCUCACAUAUGAUGAAGCUCAAGAUAUUUUAAAGAAAAAAAAGGUGGUUAAUACAGAAAAUGGACUAAAUAAAGAACAAGAGUUGGCGCUUGUAGAUUACUGCAAUGGUGCACCUGUUUUUAUUGUAAGAUGGCCUAAAGAUCUUAAAAGUUUUUAUAUGAAGGAAUGCCAGGAUGAUAAUACCAAGGUCGAGGCAUUAGAUUUACUCGCACCAAUAACAGGCGAAAUAGUUGGAGGCAGUCUCAGAGAGGAUGAUUAUGACAGAUUGAAAUCAAAACUACCAUCAGACAAACUAAAUUGGUAUUUAGAGUUGAGAAAGUUUGGUAACAUCCCCACUGGUGGUUAUGGACUUGGUUUGGAGAGGCUAUUACAGACUAUGUGUGGUAUCACUAACAUUAAAGAUACACUACCUUUUCCAAGAUGGCCCCAUAAUUGUAGUAUGUAGUACGCUGUGUAAAUAAUAGGGAAACCCUGUGUUCUUUAUAAACAAAAUGUAGAUUUUAAAAUUGCUGAUAUUCUAUGAAUAUCGCAUGUGAUAAUUUAUCAAUGUAUAAAUACUGUUGUAUAAAUUAAAUAUUUUAUUCUAAUUCAAACAUCAUCCGUCAAAUGGAUGGAUGUAGAUAUGUGCAUUGUAUUGUGAAAACAUCAAUUGUUACAAAUUGUCUUAAAAUAUCUCAAAUAGUCCAUUUAGAAUAGUUAUAAGAAAACCAGAUCAAUUAAAAAAUAUUUAAUUGACUCUACCAAAUUGAACCCAGGAACUUGUACAAAUUAAUGUAAGCUGUCACCAUAUAAUAUAAUGCCUAUCACUGAGCCAUGAAAGAGGAAUACAAAAUCUUUUUUUGCAUUUAAAAAUAAAUACUAGAUAACAUUUAGUAAUUAAAUUUACUUAUAUAUAUGGUACAGGACAGACCAAAAAUUAUUUUUAUUUUUACAGUGAAUUGCUUAUAUAGAAAAUUAUUUGUAAUCAAACUUAGAUUAAGUUAAAAUUAUUUAUUAAUAAAUUCUUGAAAAUAAA